AUGCGAUCGAAGUUUAAAAAUUUCUUGGCAAAACAGAGUGAUAAAGAUACUGCUUCGGAAAAUGCUGAACUUAAAGCUGAAAUAGCAGAAUUAAGGCAUGGUAUUGUGGAAAUCAAAAAGAAAGAUCAAAGCGUUACUAAUAUUUCUGCAUUUGAUAUAACUAAUAACACUUUAAAUCCUGGCGUUAGCCUAUCUUCGAUUGAUCUAUGCCAGGACACGAAGACUCAGCAGGAAGCUGACGAAAGCCAAUGUAUCACAUCACCAAUUCGCACAGAGGCUAAAUCAUCAGAGGACACGGAGAUUGAAUUUCUGGAACGAGUACAUAAAGAAACUGUUAGCAAUGAGAUCAGGCGAAGAAAGCAUGAGGAGAAGCUUCAACAAGAAACAGUUAUCCGGUGCCUAUCAAAUAGUACAAAAGCCAUUCUCUCUAAAAAUGAUCAAGGUACAAAUUUAUCAUGUGAUGUAAAAACCGUUCCCUUGGGGAACGAUCAAAAAUCAAACAGAAAUUUCUGA